AUGCUCCGUUACAAACUGUCAUGUCCCGUCAACCAGGUUCGGGGUGGCGGAUAUCAAUCCAGCAGUGGCCGACGGGAACCUCACAGAACCGCGCGUCACCGUGCUGUCGUGGAAGCCAAGGGACUAUACACGAUACCAUCAAUUCUUCUCCCACCACCGUCCUCAUCCCCCCAUCCGUCCACUUGUACUACCACCACCAGGGCUUUUCUCUACCACAAGUUUCUGACGCCAGAGGAGUGCGACCACAUUAUCUCCCUGGCACGGCCGCGCCUGGAGCGGUCGGAGGUGGUGGCUCGGGAGGGAGAGGGCUCGAACGUGGAUGACGUGCGCACGAGCUUUGGCACGUUCCUGGACUACCAGCAGGAUGACGUCAUCAAGCGCAUUGAGCAGCGCAUUGCUGCAUGGACCUUCCUCCCUGUUGAGAACCAGGAGGCGAUGCAGGUGCUGCGGUACCAGGAGGGGCAGAAGUACGAGGCACACCACGACUUUUUCGAGAAGGAGGGGCAGCAGGGUGGGCAUCGCUACGCCACAGUGCUCAUGUACCUGACUGAGGGCUUGAUGGGAGGCGAGACGGUGUUUCCUGACGCUAAGCAGGGACAGGGGCAGCAGGGUGGCCACCGCUACGCCACGGUUCUCAUGUACCUGACAGAGGGCUUGAUGGGAGGCGAGACGGUGUUUCUCGAUGCUAAGGACCCUGUGGAGAAGGAUGACACCUGGUCGGAGUGCGGCAAGCAGGGAGUGGCAGCCAAGCCAAUCAGAGGCGACGCGCUCCUUUUCUUCUCCCUCACCCCAUCCGCCGAACUCGACCUCAAAUCUCUUCACGCGGGCUGCCCGGUAAUUUCCGGCGAAAAAUGGUCGGCGACAAAGUGGAUUCACGUGGGUGCGUUCUACACCCCAUCUGGGGCUCCGGCUGUAGCGCCGCCUUCGGAUGGAUCGUGUGAGGACAAGGCACAGCACUGUGUGUACUGGAAGACGCAGGGCGAGUGUGACAAGAACCAGGAGUACAUGCAUGCUAAUUGUCCCAAGUCGUGUGGUGUAUGUUCGGCUUGA